AUGGGGUGAGUAGUAGCAAGCUGUGAUAAUCCGCAUCGUCUCCUCGUACUCGAACGUUGAACUGACCACGUUUCAUCCACCCCUCUUCUUACCCCCCUCCUUCUCUCUCGGGCACUGCCACGUCGACGUCCCGUUUCACGCGGCCCCCACCUGCCCCUCCCCCCGCUCCCAUAUAUACCGCGCUCCCGCUUCCCUUUCUAGAUUCUUCGGCAACGACGAGCGAGACGCCCACAACGCCGUCUACGGUGGACAGGAGCACGAAUCGUCGUGGUCUCACGGUAAGUCUGGCCUAGGGCGUAGCACUUUUUGUAGGGGCUUCCGGCGGUAAUCGAGCGUAGCCGAUGGCUGCGGCGGGGACAUUUUGUUUCCCACAACCGGGCCCCACCCACCUCAUCUUUCAGUAAAUGGAGCCAUACGGUACUCGAGCUCGACCCUUUCGGCCAAUCUGCUCUCCGAUGUCGUGUUUGCGCAUGUGCUGAUCAUCUUCGCGCUCGGUCCCUCCCCCGCCCCACAGAGUUGAUCGCCGGUGCUGCCGCUUUCGAGGCCGAGAAGUGAGUCACCGCCCUUUGCCCCACCCUGCUUUCGGCCUCGGGCACCGAUUCUAGACCCAGCCGCUCUACCUGUUUGCAACCCUCAAACUGACCUCGUUCCUCCUUUUUCCAACACAAAAGGGCUUACGAACGCCACGUUUCGCAAAACGGCAGGCCCGCCAACCAUCAGCUCGCCAAGGUCAGUCGCUAGUCCAGCUGCCACGUGCGGACGUGUCGCUGAGUUCCUAACGCAAGGAACGUGUGCCGCUUUGAUCUUCGAUAGGAGUUGCUCGCUGGUUUCGCCGGUGCCGAGACUGACAGUGAGUUUCAUCCCAUACCCUUGCACGUGUACAAAUCAUUCGAGCCCAACUGACACGUGCCAUCGUCUUCUUUCACUUCCUUCCUUCCUUCCAGAGCUCUUCGAGACCAAGGGCCUCGACUUCCUCGACCGCGAGAAGGCGAAGCGUCAAGCUCGCGAGCAGGCCGAGCAAGCCGUCAGCUCUGACAACUACUAG